AUGACGAGCAGCAGGAUGCUGAAACAAGGUGACCACGUCCACAGAGGAGCGGCGGGGGCGGCUAGCAGCGUGGCACAGAGUGGCAGUCACCACACUCCAGCCCUGAUGACCUCCAAGGCGGCCAAUCUCAUCAGGUUCGAAUUUGGAGGCGACCAGUCGACGGAGCAGAACCUGCUAGCCAGUGGUCGCUACGUUCCCAGGUCCGCCGUUCCGUUUGACGUAACAGCGGACGCCCUGAGCCGCGGCCGGCUGUUCGUGACCACGCCCUCCGCCAGGCUCGGCGUGCCCGCUUCGCUGAGCACAGUGCCCUCUGGCGGCGCCACCGACGCCCCUCUGACACCCUACCCCAGCCUGGAGCUGCACCGCACCACGGAGGACUCCAUCACCGACUGCAGCACACAGCUGGUGUCCAUCAUAGCUACCGCGGUGGAGGCGUGUCCAGCUGGCCGUCUGCUGGCCUACAGUUCCGACGCGCUGGGCUCCACAUUGACAGUGACUGACCUCACCACGGGAGUCUCCAGACACCUCACCAGUCAGUACAUACACCCAGUGCCGGGGCUGUUCUACGUUGCGGCGGGCGGGCCCCCGUACUACAUGGGAGAUGGCUCGUACGGUUUGUCGGGUGACCAACGUUGUGAUGGCAAACUCUACUUACAGGCCUUCUGCAGUAACAUCCAAGCUGCCUUGGACAAAAAGAUCAUCCGGGACGCAAGCGACGGUGACAUUCUAGAUCCCGUGACACAGGUGGCGCUCCCAGGAAAGCUGUCUGGGAUCAGCGGUCCACUGGCGGUGGAUGCCAAGGGCGAGCUGCUGUUCUUCCCCAUCCAAGACGAGCUAGCCAUCUACUGCUGGAACACCAGCAAGCCGCAUCGUCCGCAGAACUUCCGUCUAAUCGCUCAAGAUAGCAAACGCCUGCAGUUUGUCGGCAACAUGAAAAUAGAUCCCACCAGUCAGCUGCUGUAUAUCCUGACCAACAGAUUUACCUCGUACGUGUGGAACGUCACCGACUAUUCUGAGGACAACUACUAUAUUUUGUACAUCAACAUAACUGGAGUUCAGUGCUGA